AUGACCACAAACAUCUCACAAAAUGGGAAAAAUAAUGGAACCCAGGUAGGAGUGAAUGAAGGGACUAUCGUUAUUGGUCCACAAGAAUCACUGGCAUCAGAUGGACCCUGUCUACGGGAUUUGAGAACGACUGACCCGCGCUAUGAUAAGGAGCGUCUUCAAAGCUUGGGUGGAGGGCUCCUCGAAAGCUCAUAUCGGUGGGUUCUAAGUAAUCCGGCAUUCGAACAGUGGCGAGACAGCGAGAGCAACCGCGUCCUCUGGAUUAGAGGUGAUCCUGGCAAAGGCAAGACAAUGCUUCUGUGUGGAAUUGUGGAAGAGUUGACAAGGUUGCACGGGGAUCAUGCAGCUAUAUCGUUCUUCUUUUGUCAAGCUACCGAUGAACGGAUCAACAGCGCCACCUCUGUCCUGCGCGGCUUGAUAUAUAUGCUCGUUGACCAAAAUAGAUCGCUCCUUCACCAUGUGCGAGCUCGAUAUGAUUCAGCGGGCAAAAGUCUGUUUGAUGAUGUCAAUGCGUGGCAUGCACUCGUCUCUAUUUUCACGCAUAUUCUCGAGGACCCGUCUUUGAAAAGCAUAUACCUCGUGAUUGAUGCGUUGGAUGAAUGUCGACAUAACUGUCAAGACCUUCUUCGUCUGAUCGAUGAAAAGUCAACAACCCAUAAAAACAUUAAAUGGGUCAUCUCCAGCCGGAACGAAAAUGAAAUUAUCGAAUGCCUUGACUUUGCUAGUCAGGUGGCUCCAGUCUCAUUGGAAUUAAAUGAGGAAUCUGUGUCUGAAGCUGUGAAUUUAUUCAUUAAGCAAAAAGUGGACUUACUGGCACGCAGAAAAAGCUAUAAGCCUGAAAUCAGGGACGAGGUUUAUCGUCAUUUAACUUUGAACUCACAGGGAACUUUCUUAUGGGUUUCCUUGGUCUUGAAAAAUCUUGCUCAAACACCACCAAGGCGCGUACCGAAGAAGCUAAGCGAGUUUCCUCCUGGGUUGGAUGCACUUUAUCACCGAAUGAUGGAGCAAGUCCGCAAGUCAGAAGAUGCGGAUUUUUGCAAGCAGAUCCUGGGUACCAUAUCGACAAUAUAUCGCCCUGUCACGCUGCAGGAACUAGGCUCUCUUCUUGUCGGGCGCAUAGAUGGCAUUGACGACCUUGCUGCACUCUCUGAAGUUAUUGCCGUCUGUCGGUCGUUCUUGACACUGCGAAAAGACACAGUCACCUUUGUUCAUCAGUCUGCAAAAGACUUUCUGAUUAAGGAGGCCUUCACUGAGAUUCUCCCCGAGGGUUUUGAUAGUGAACACCACGCGAUAUUCUCCCGGUGUCUAUGUGCUAUUAACAAGACACUUCGACGGAAUAUCUUUGAACUGAAACUGUCGGGCCUGACCAAAGACCAGAUUAUCGCGCCUAACCCAAAUCCACUAGCGCCUGUUGAGUAUGCAUGCGUUUAUUGGGUGGACCAUUUGGAUUCUUGCAAGCGCAUCAAAGCCUACAGACACAGUUUAGAGGAGGAUAUGGAGAUGCUGCAUACAUUCUUACAGCGGAAAUACCUCAACUGGCUUGAAGCCUUGAGCCUACUAGGAAAACUCUCAGAUGGCAUAGGUGCUAUGAGAACGUUGGAGAUCAUUAUUGACGGAAUGAGCCAAUCUGAUGACCUAGUAGAGCAUGCUCGAGACGCUUCUAGAUUCAUUCAGCAUUUCAGAACAGGAAUCGAGAUCAGUCCUCUGCAAACAUAUUCCUCUUCCCUCAUCUUCAGUCCCUUCCAGAGCCUCACGAGAGCAGCUUUUCACGAGGAACGAGAAAAUUGGAUUCUUAAUAGCCCCCUGGUGGAGGCACACUGGAAUGCUUGUCUUCAAACACUGGAGCACUCUAAUGACUUUGUGGACUGGAUUGCAUGGUCGCCAGAUGGCGGGAAACUUGCAGUGGGGUUUAAUGCGGAUGAGACAGUCCAGGUCUGGGAUCCAAACAAGGCCCAUAUCAUUGCAACUCUCGAAGGGCAAAGUCAUUAUAGCGACUAUAUUUAUACUAGGUGGGGUACAUUAGUACGGCCAAAAGCUUGGUCGCCUGAUGGAAGCCGACUUGCUUUGGCAUCAGAAGAAGAUGCAAUCCGCAUCUGGGAUCCAACAACCGGUCACAUAGCACCUAUCAUGUUAGCUACAAGUCAGAUCUAUUCUAUUGCCUGGUCGCCAGAUGGGAGCCGACUUGCAUCAGCGUCAAAUGAUGACGGAGUUUGUAUUUGGGAUCCAACUACUGGCCAGAAAGUGUCUACUCUCAAGAGAUGUAGUAAACUUGUUACCUCAAUUGCGUGGUCACCAGACGGAAGCAAGCUUGCGUCCGCGUCUGAUAAAGCAGUCGAGAUAUGGGAUCCCAAGACCAGUCAGAGUUUAUCAUCUUUAAAUGAACAUGGCCCUGGAACCAGCUUCAUUACAUGGUCGCCAGAUGGAAGCCACCUUGCAUCAAGAGCCUUCGAUGAACAAGUUCUGGUCUGGGAUCUGGCUACAAAUCAGAUCGUGUCCAAACUCAAUCAUGCAAAUGGCCGGAAGAAAACAUUUCGAACAUUUUGUCCGAUUGUUUGGUCGCCAGACGGAAAUUAUCUUGCAUAUUGUUCUGGGUCGUCUAUACCGACAGUCUGGAUAUGGGACAGAGCCACUGACCAAAGCGGACCCACAUCAAUGGAAUCUACAGGUCACCUUUGCUCCAUCGCCUGGUCACCAGAUGGAAGCCAACUUGCAUCAGGAGGUUUUGAUAAAACGGUUCAAAUCUGGGACCCAGACACGAAUCAGCUUAUAUCAGUCUUCGAGGGAAACAGCAGUUGUGUCUAUUCAUUCGCCUGGUCACCCGAUGGAACUCGACUUGCAUCCGGUUCGGGAGAUGGGGCGGUCCGCAUCUGGGAUCCAACCAUCCGUCACAGGCCUUCAAGUUCCUCCUACGAUAGACACAGCGGUUCGAUUGACCGGCUAGAAUGGUCCCCAGACGGAAGCCGAUUUGCAUCAACGUCGGAUGAUAAAACAGUGCGAGUCUGGGACCCAGUCACUGGCCAGAGCGUGAAAACUCUAAGGGGAGAUAGAAUUCAAGACAUCCUCAUACCCUGGACGUUCGAUACAAACCGACCAGUGGCACUAUCAGAUGAUAAGACAGUGCGAAUCUACGACCCAAUCACCGCAAAGAGAGUGGGUACUCUAGAGGGGCGUGUGACUCAACUCAAUUUGAUAUCCUGGUCACCGGAUGGACGCCGACUAGCGCUGGCGUCUUUAUUCCAUACGGUUGUGAUAUGGGACCUAGCUACUGAUCAGUGUGUACCUGCGCUCGAUAUAUUGACGUUCUGGGUACGGUCAAUUGCCUGGUCGCCAGAUGGAAGCCAAUUUGCACUCGGGAACUAUGGUAGUAAGGUCUGCAUACAUGAUUCGGCAACUGGACGAAGCGUGUCCACCCUUGAGUAUACUAAUGGGGACAUUUCCCACGAUGUCCAAUCGGUUGCUUGGUCACCAGGCGGGGCGUAUAUUGCAUCAGGCUCUCAUGAUGGCAUAGUGCGAAUUUGGGAUCUACUCACUUAUGAGGUUCAAUCUACCCUUUGUGGUCAUAGUAAAGCUGUCAUCGCGCUUGCCUGGUCGGCAGAUGGUACUCGACUUGCAUCAGGAUCAAGAGAUAACUCAGUCCGCAUUUGGGACCCAGCAACUGGCCAGAACCUGUUUUUCGUUCUUCCUGCCCUCACCUAUUCCCUCAAAUUUGAUAAAGCUGAUUCAAAUCUCCUGCAUACCGAUGCUGGGAUUUUUGAUAUAGGCUUCAUGCCUCUGAUGACCUCUGCGGCUGGUACUUCCAUUGACCCACCCAAACGGCCCGUCUACGGUUUGAGCGACGACUGUUCGUGGAUCACUUACAAUGGACUGAACAUCUUAUGGUUACCCUUGGAGUACCGACCUCUCCGUCGCUCUUUGUUUUCUAUGUAUGAAGCCACAAUGGCCAUUGCCUGUUCAUCGAAUCGUGUCAUCUUUCUAGCACUUUCAAAAGAUUGUCCCAUUCCCAAUCUUUGA